UUUAAUCGCGGUAAAUUUAACCUCACUUUACAAGUGCUUUACAAUUUGAAAUACGUAAUAGUUUUUUUAUAAAAUUCCCUUUGCAGAUGAGAUGAAAACAUUAUUAUGAAUUGUGUGAGAAAGGUGGAAUUAAGUGUAACUCAAUCUAUACAUAUAUAAAGAUUUCUAUAAUACAAAAUCCUUGAGAACUCCAUUUAGUUGUUAGUAAUAAAUGAACAAUGUUACAACCAAUAAAGCAUGUUUUAAAACGAAAGAAGAUUAUUCUUGCGAGUGGUUCACCAAGAAGAAGAGAAUUAGUCGAAAAUAUUGGUUUAACAGUAGAGCUCUGUCCCUCAUUAUUUGAGGAAGAUCUGGAUCCGAAGACUUUUAGCAGCUUUUCGGCGUUUGUGGAAGAGACAGCAUUGCAGAAAGUUCUAGAAGUAGAGACCAGAUUGAAGUCACAAGCCAUGGCUCCAGAUGUACUCAUUGGAGCUGAUACUAUGGUUACUUUGGAUGGGGAAAUGUUUGGCAAGCCAACAUCGGAGAAGGAAGCUUUUGAUAUGUUAAAAAGUUUAUCAGGUCGGAGUCACACAGUGUACACAGGAGUAGUGGUGAAGACAUUGGACAAAGUAGUCAAGUUCACAGAGAAGACUAAUGUAGUGUUUGGCAAACUGGAUGAUGAGCAAAUCAAGGGUUACAUUGCUACGGGGGAACCUAUGGACAAAGCCGGGGGCUACGGUAUACAAGGAGUGGGAGGCACAUUUGUGGAGAGAGUGGAGGGGGAUUACUUUACCGUGGUGGGGCUGCCACUUUACCGGCUUUGCUCAGUGCUUUAUGAGCUGUUUAAAGAUAAAAAUUUGUGAAUUAAGACUUAGGGCUGGCGCACAUAAUAUGGCGGAGCGCAGCGCAGCGCAGAGCAUGCCCGCGAAGUUUUCUAAUCGCGUGGCACUUUACGCGAAUUUCUACCAG